AUGGAAAUCCCCAUCCUCCCCGAGAAAAAGAAGCAGCAACGCCAGUCUUCGUUUUUGUACUGCGGAACGGAUAUUGCAGAGCCAGCUGUUGAUGCAGCCAACACUGCCCGUUUGUAUGCUACUAGCGGAUUCCUGGAAACCCAUCCACUAGCUCAAACGUGUGCUGCUGUUCGCGUCCACGUGAGUUCUUUUUCGCAAAUGAAGCCGAACAUGAAGCUGCUCGUGAAUCAUCCAUAG